AUGCAGCGAGUCGUUUCUGUGAUCCCUCGUCCUCGUAACCCUUUCCACCAUCGACCCCAAGAAGUUCACCUCACCGUCGACCUCCUCCGUCCUUUCUUCAACUGCCGUCAGGAGCAGGUCGCAAACACUCUGGGAAUCUCCCUCACCACCCUCAAGGCCAGCUGCAGGCAGCUUGGCAUACUCCGAUGGCCGUACACGCACAAAAAGGAGCGCACGCACGCGCCCAAUACGCCCAUGAGCACCGGUGCGACUGGGUCAAGCGAUGAGCUUGCUGCUCCUGAGGAACCUGGUCUUGUCGCCGACGCUCCUCCGCAAGCUGCGGGUCUUGACGGAUGGAGGGGAGCAAGUGCUGGAUGGGACGAGACGAAGCGGGUAAUGCCGAUGCAAGUCAGCGAUGAUCCUCCAUAUGCCAGCAACGAGCAGCAGGCGGACGCUGCAAGCACAUCGCUGAUCCUCUCAACGGAUGCGUCAACGGACGAUUGCCCCGAAAAGGUCUGGAAUCACGGGCAUGCUGCGUCGUCGUGCUAUUGGUGGCCUGGCGAGGAUCAGUCGAGGAGCGGAGAAAGCUUCUCAGAGCUUUCUGAGACUCGAUGUCUCUCUGGUCAAGCAGAGGAGAACAGAGGUGGCAGGCUCAGAGAUGACAAUAGAGGACUCAAGGACGGUCGAGCAGGAGUACCUGGGCUCGGGGGGAUAAGCGGAGAUUGGCUCGCCUGGUACAUAAGCGUAGGCGAUGACUCGGAGGAGGUGUAG